UUGUUUGAGCGCUCUUGUGUGAGCGUGGAUCAGUGGCUGCUGACUGAAACCAACGUGGGUGGAAGUCUCGAUCACAACCACAGUGAUUUGCUGAAGGCUCUUCAUUUUUAGGAUGCGCCGACAUCUGUGACAUGCUCGCGGAGAUCAGCGGCUACAGAUAAACUCCACCCCGUGUCUCCAAUCCUCCUGCAGCCAUGGCUGUGUCUGCAUCUGGACGGACCGUGUUCACCAUUCUCCUCAUUAGCAGGUUGUUAGAGGGUUCUUUGCUGAAUGCAGAAAUGAAGGAGGGAGAGAUUCUGCCUCCCACCAUUCAGAGGCUGAUGAAGGGAUACAACAAGUACCUCCGGCCUUUCUUUGACGACGGUCCUGUAACCGUGGGCAUGAGCUUGGACAUCGCCAGCAUUGACACAAUCUCGGAGAUCAACAUGGACUACACCGCAACCAUAUUCCUCCGCCAGCGCUGGACCGACGAGCGUUUGGUAUUUGAAGGCAAUAAAAGCCUCAGUCUUGACGGGCGGCUCGUUGAGCUCCUCUGGGUCCCCGACACCUUUAUCGUGGACUCCAAGAAGUCCUUCCUCCAUGACAUCACAGUCGAGAACAGACUGAUCCGUAUCUUCCCCAAUGGCACCGUUCUUUAUGCUCUGAGGAUUACGACCACCGUGGCCUGCAACAUGGAUCUGACCAAGUAUCCCAUGGACAAGCAGACCUGUACACUGCAACUGGAGAGCUGGGGUUACAAUAUUAAUGAUGUUAUGUUCUACUGGACCAGAGGAAACGAGUCUGUCAGUGGUUUGGACACGUUACAGCUGGCUCAGUAUACAGUGGAAGACCAUUACACUUCUGUCUCAGAGGCCGUCUAUGAAACAGGCAAUUACCCCAGGUUGGUCUUCCACUUUGAGUUGAAGAGGAGCAUCCUCUACUUCAUCCUGGAGACCUAUGUUCCAUCGAGCCUGCUGGUGGUCCUCUCAUGGGUUUCCUUCUGGAUUUCUUUAUCCUCUGUGCCUGCACGUAUUUGUAUAGGUGUGACCACGGUGCUGACAAUGACCACGCUAAUGAUGGGAGCCCGGACGUCGCUGCCCAAUGCCAACUGCUUCAUCAAGGCCAUCGACGUGUACUUGGGAAUCUGCUUCAGCUUCAUUUUCGGCGCGCUCAUCGAGUACGCCGUGGCCCACUUCUGCACCCUCACACACCCCGACACACACAUGCUCAUGUACGGUCACCGGAUGCACGACUUUGACGAUGAAAUGAACGGCAUCGUCACCACCAUCUCCAGUCACCCCAGCAGAGCCAAGAGACGCAAGGAACCCGCUGCAUCUCCUUCCCCAGCUCCUGUCGCCACAGAACUCACCGUCACUCCCUCCAGUCCCUCUGGCAGUGAGGCCAAACCUGAGGCAUCGCCUCCAGAGCCCACCAAUUGGUGCCUGAGUGCUAUGGCCAUUCUCUGCAAAGUGCUGCGCUCCAUGUACUGCUGUCAUGUGGAGAACCCGCACCACAUAGACUACUACUCCAGACUCACCUUCCCAAUGUCUUUCGUCAUGGUCAACCUGCUCUACUGGACAUACUAUCUGUACUUUUAGCCAUGGUGUGCGAGACGGAGAGUGUUUGUAGAAAAGAAGUGUACUUUACUGUACGAGUCAUUGAGACGUGUCAUUUCUACGUUAGGAUUAAUAAGCAAAGUAGCUCAUAUGAUGAAAUUUACUCAAAUACGUAACCGUUUCCAAUUUCGCCCACUUGGGUUUGUUUAAAACAGUGGGCGUACUUGGCUGGCAAGAUUUGUUCAAUUCUAUUACACCUUAAGAUUAAAAGAACAUCGAUUCCAAAGAAAUGCAUGGUCAGUCUGCAUCUUUCCUGCUAUAGUAAAUUUAUUUUUAAAUGUUUAAAUGCCUCAUAAUGCGGGCUGGCACAUGAGACAUGUUGUUAUCCACAGCUCUAUGGCUGACCAAAUGCAGGCUCCACCUUGUCUUAUUUUGGUUUCCAACAGUAAAUGUGUUAGGAAGUUAUGUACAUCAAUAACGGGAUGUACCCUCAUAACCUUAAGCGUCAUAAUGACAUUGGAAUUGUCACCAGUGCUGGCUCCACAGCAAAAAAGAGUGUAAUUAAACUUUCUUUUCAUAGUGUAACAAGGACAUAAUUCCCUAUUUCCCAGCCAGCUGACUAGUUAGAAUAGGAUGUGAGUUUUGAUUAUUUUAAUUGGUAUUAAUUGUGAUAAUGUAUUAAAGAGCUCGAGCUGGUUAGUCAUAGCAGCAGCAGCAGCAGCAGCAGCAGCUUUAUAUUUUUGGGUUUUCUGUCCCUCUGGCUGCACAUUGUCAUUCCCAUUAUCCACGGAAUACCUCAAGAACUAGCUUGAGGGACUUUCGUUAGAUUAAGCACAAAUGUUGUCAUUGACCACAGAGUGAACUGUUUUGAUUGUUGUGGUCAAAGGUCAUGGUCACAGUGACCUCCAAAAAAAAUUCCGUAUCUCCUGAACGCCUUGAGCAAAUCCCUUGACAUUUUGCACAAACAUUCAGUUGGACCUAGUGGUUAACUGCUUGGAUUUGAAAGCUCAAGGUCAUAGCUCAAGAAACAGGUGUUUGGCCUCUUGGACAUUCAGUCAACAUGGCACGUCAGUGUGGUGAUGGCGAUACACGGUGAUGGAGCCGUGAUGGGUGAAAACUUCACUGUCCGUUAAAGUGUUGAUAGUAAAUAUUGACAUAUUUGUACAUUAGAUGUGGAUAUAAUAGGUCAGCAACGCUAUAUUAUAUGUCACUACAUUAUAGUGAAGGAUAAUACAUAUUUAUUACAAGUUUUGUUCUCACCAGUGUUUGACACUGCAGUGAUUUGAAUAUAAAUGAAAUGGCCAAAAUAUUACAACAGGAUUUUACUCACUUUUACUCAUUUGAGCUAGCUACGUUGAAUAUUUAAACAGGGCUAUGUAUGAGUCGUUGCUAUAGCCGUAUAGCCAACGUAGCAUAGCAUUUAUUAGCUGUUUACUAGCCAUUUUAGCAGAAAUGAUGUUUCUGUGAAUUUAUCCUCAAAAUUACUGAUAAACCUCCAGCAGUGAAAAGCAACAAAAUGUUUGUUUUUGAUUCUGUUUUUGUUAACUUUCUGUCACCUUUGCUUCUUCUUCGGGUUUUCUAUAACCACCUGGCCUGCCUCCUCCAUUUCUAGUAGAGUUGCUGUAGCAUCCAGGCUGCCCUGAGGAAGUACUGCUGCUCAAAGGGCAUAUGAUGAUCUCUAGAACUGUAAAGCAAUAGAUUGAAUUGUGUUGCAGAAGCUACGGUCAGUGGAAGGCAAAACUUAUAUAAUGCAUAGAUAAGUUCAGGUGAUUGAUCUGCCGUUCAUCUAAUUUCAUCUGGGAUUGACUCCAGUGCCCUCCAAUGACUCUCAGAGGAUAAGCAUUUUAGUGGAUGGAUGGAUGGAUGGCCAAAGAUUCCAGUUUACUUUUGUCCCUCCCCUUACUUCUUCAGCUGAAAGUUUGCAAUUCUUUUUUCCAAGUGGAAAUAUAACUCCUUCAUCUGAAAUAGCAUGCACUCAGUGCAGAGCAGAAUGCAACACUUGAUACUUCGGGUGGAGAACAGGAUUUAGUCGAACGACAGAGAUGCAUGUUUUGUAUUGUGUUGAAUAUUGUUGUGACAUGCGCUCACUUAUUUAAACGGAAGCUGAAUUAAACAGCCCUUUUUAAUCAUCUUCAUGCCGAAACACAGAAGUAUUCAUUUUCAAGAACUACCUUUUUGACAUUUAUUGAACUUCAUCUAAGCUUAGUUGGUAUCUAUCUACGCUCCAUCGCCUUUCAAGCUGUUUAUGUUAAUAACUUACAUUGCUUUCCAUGUUUUUUUAUCUACUUUUAACUGUCAUCUUCUACUAAACUUCUUGACUCUUCUUGUUGCCUGCUGAUAAUGGGGAAAAAAAAUAGUUUCUUUCUUUAGUUUCUGUUCCUCCUGCAUGAUUAUAACUUGUAACUUUUGUUCAUUCUGCUUAGUUCGAUUUCCUUUGAUUUAACAUGACGUGAGAAUCCUAAAAAUGUUUAGCUGAGGCCAUUGAAAAGAUGGGUUUUCAUUGACGGUUGAAACUGGUGAGCACUGAGCCGUGGGAACAUCGAUGUGAGGGAACGCGGAUUGUUUUUUACGAAUCGUAUCACGGUGGUUCUAGAUUUGAUAGUUAUAAUAGGAAGACAUGAACACUAUUAUGGAGCCAAAGACCCACAAGAGAGCGACCACCACGGCUGUCUCACAGGUUGGAUGCAUACAGAAUGUUUUUUGGUUGUUUUUUUGUUUCUAAUGGAGUUGAUCCAUACAAAAUGCUCACAAGUACCAAUUCCCCAGUGGCUCCAUGGUCACUCCAUUUCUCUGAAUGAACAGUGUGGUGUUGACAUUACAGAAAGAAAACUAUUAAACGGAACAUCGUCUGCACCGUUGCCAGGACAUUUGGAGCGACUGUGUAGCAACUUUAAUCAGAAAAAAGGAGGAAAACAGCUACUGGUCAACUGCUCUUUCUCUUUCUGUCGUGAGACGAUGUAAAGUGAUGCCUCAAGGUGAUAUUGCCUUCCAACGUCACAGUUGCUUGGACAUUUUCCCGUUGAAACUACUUUUAACACCGCGUUGUGAAAGGCGUCGGUCUGCUUAACUUGUUGUAAAUAAAUGGUAACACUGUGCAUGUUAAUCUGGUGUAUGAAUAUGAAUGAUAGCAAUAAAAGAGGUGUAACGUGUGUUGUCAACACUGGAUACAUGUCACUUUUCGCAGGUUUAGGGUGGCGUCAUGGCAUGCAUCUUUUUCAAAAGGUGGUAAGUGUUGCAAGAUUUGAGUUUUUUUGCUACAGCCAUUCAGAUAAAUGUGUGUGUUUGUGUUCAGGCA